UGUAUCUCUAGGUUAGUGAGAAAGUAAGGAGAGCAAGGAAGCAGUGUGUGUGUGAGUGGAAAGGGACAGGGUAACGUAUUAUUAUCAUUCUCGCUGCGUUUUUCCACCUUCCGUGCUGGCGGCGGCUCCAACGCUAAAAUGGAGGCGGAAAGAUCCGGCGGAGUAGCGGGUGGAACGAACCAGAACUCCGGGGGGAGCGGCGUGGGGCGCAAUCCGAACGGGCCGAAGGCAGUGCUCGGACCAGCAGCAACAACAGCAGCGGCAGCCGGGGCGAUGGCAGGAGCCGUACCGCCUCGGGAACUGCAGGACGGAGAAGCAGGCCUAUCACUUCCUGGGAUCUUGCAUUUCAUUCAGUACGAAUGGGGACGUUUCCAGGCCGAAAAAUAUCGCUGGGAAGCCGAGAGGGACGAACUCCGGGCACAGGUAGCCUUCCUGCAGGGAGAGAGGAAGGGGCAGGAGAAUAUGAAGCAGGAUUUGGUGAGGAGGAUCAAGAUGCUGGAGUACGCCCUCAAACAGGAGAGGUCCAAACACCAGAAGCUGAAGGGUGGCAGUGACCAGAGCCCAGGAGAGAAGAAGCCAGAGACAGAGGCAGAGCCAGUACCCAAUGGGCCGCCUGCGGAGUCUGACUCGGAGCCAGCCAAUCAGAUGUCCUGGAAGGAGGGUCGUCAGCUCUUGCGCAAGUACCUGGAGGAGGUGGGCUACUCAGACACCAUCCUGGACAUGCGCUCCAAGCGUGUCCGCUCCCUGCUGGGCCGCAGCAGCCCCGAGGCCAACGGCCCCCCCCCUGCUGAGUCCCCCUCAGAGCCAGAACCCCUCGCAGCCUCCGAGUCCCUGCUGGUCAGGCAGAUCGAGGAGCAGAUCAAAAGGAACGCUGGUAAGGAGACCACUAAGGAGAGGGUGGGGGGCUCUGUGCUGGAUAAGAUCCCCUUCCUGCACGGCUGUGAGGACGAUGAUGAGGAUGACAGCGAUGAAGAUGAUGAUUUCCGGGGCAUGGCCACCGACUGCAUCGAUGGGUCCCGCAAAAACAAGAAGACACAGGGAAAGAUGGGUGCUGAGCCCCUGACCCCAGACCUUGACCCUGAGGAUGACGAUGAUGAAGAGGAAGAAGAUGACUCGGAGGACGCCCUAAGUGAGUUUGACUUCCUGGGCUCCGGAGAAGAGGGAGAGGGGGCAGGAGAGGCCCGCAUUUCUGGAGACGGACGAGAGCUAGAGAAUCGCAGGAACAAGAUGCAGGGUAUGAUGUCGGAUUUUCCCUCCAAGCCCACCCCACCCCCCUCUAUCCCUGGCCAGGCUCGUCCUGAAGGGGGUGCGCUGGGCUUCUCAUCUGACGUCUUCAUCCUGGACGCUGUUGGAGGGGGAGACAUGAACCUUGGCGAACUGGCUGACCUCACCGUUGCCAACGACAACGAUCUCACCAUCGACCUGCAGGACAGCCGUGAGGAGUUCAAGAAGACGUGGAACCCUCGCUUCACCCUGCGCAGCCACUUCGAUGCCAUCCGCGCCCUCACCUUCCACUCCAGCGAGUCAGUGCUGCUCACGGCCUCGGAGGACGGCACCCUCAAGCUCUGGAACCUCAACAAGGCCAUGCACUCCAAGAAGAAUGCAGCCUUGGAUGUGGAGCCCAUCUACACCUUCAGAGCUCACAGUGGAGCAGUGCUGUCCUUGGCCAUGGGGGAUGAGAGUGAGUCCUGCUACAGUGGAGGUCUGGACGGAUCCGUUCGUUGCUGGAAGAUUCCGGACCUCAACGUGGACCCCUACGACAACUAUGACCCCGGCGUGGAGAGCAGUGUGUUGGCGGGCCAUGAGGACUCGGUGUGGGGUCUGGCCUACUCGUCCUCCCUCAAGCGCCUGGCCUCCUGCUCGGCCGACGGAACCGUCAGGAUCUGGGACCCGCACAACUCCAGCCCAUGCCUGUCUGUCUUCAACAAGGAGAAAGAGCACGGCACCCCCACGUCGGUGGCCUUCGUGAACUCUGACCCCUCUCAAGUGGUGGUGUCUUUUGAUGGCGGCAACACGCUGCUGUACGACCUCAACACGGAGCAAAGCAUCAUGGCCCUGGAGACCCAGACCAAGGACGGCAGUGAGCUGAUUAACCGUGUGGUCAGCCACCCCUCUCAACCCAUUUCCAUCACCGCACACGAGAAUCGCACCAUCCGAUUCCUGGACAACAACACCGGUAAAGUGGUCCACUCCAUGGUUGCUCAUCUGGAUGCGGUGACCUGCCUCACCACGGACCCCAAAGGCACUUACCUCGUCUCCGGAAGCCACGACUGCUCGGUGCGCCUGUGGAUGCUGGAGAGCCGCACGUGCGUGCAGGAGAUCACGGCCCACCGGAAGAAGCACGACGAGGCCAUCCACGACGUGGCGUUCCACCCCGCUCAGGCGCUCAUCGCCAGCGCAGGGGCCGACGCCCUCGCCAAGAUCUUCAUCUGAACACACACACACACACACACGUGCCAUAAAUCGUCUGACGCACAGGAGAGGCAUCCUUACCAAUGGACCAGAUGAGUGGAGCACAAGACUGAACCAGUCAAACACACACACACACACACACACACACACACACACACACAGAAGGUUGGAGAGGACAUCAUACCCCCCCCUUCCUUGUGAAUAGGUUAUUUCUACAGGCCUCAGUUUCCCAAGGUCCUUUGUUUUUUUUCCCCACAAUGCAGUGCACUGUGGUUGUGACAUACAAUACUGCUUGCCAUUGGCUCUCAAACUAACCACUCGGGCUACUUCUCAAUGUUCUAGAUGCUUUGGAACCACACACACUACCAGACUUUUUUUCUUUUUUUU